AUGUCGCUCUCACGCUCUCCUUCACCGAAACGAGGCGGCGGCUGGGCAAGUCCCGGUCUCAAUGCCAAUUUUGCGCAGAGUAGAAGCACCACGCCCGUCACAUCGUACAGCCAGAACCACAGCGUCACAUGGGCCUCCGCUCAAGCAAGAAGCCACCAAGUCAAUGGAUACCCAGCAUAUCAAGAAGGCGGCCCAGGCUUCUUUGGCAAGCACAUGCGCAACAUCUCGGCCAGCCUGCCCUUCUUCAACAACGCUCCCAAGGAUGAACGUCAGGCCGAAAAGGAGAAGGCUGGUAGAGGCAAAUGGUCUCCGGCGCGAGGAGGUCAUGUCGCCAGCUUCAAGGCCAUGCUCGGUCGCCAUCUCUUGAGAUCAAAGACACGAUUCAUCCUGGUCCUGGUGCUCUUGUCACUCAUCCUUUGUUUCUAUACAACCCCAUUGCAUUACUGGUACCGAAGGAGCUCGUGGCUGGGCGGCGGCAGCAAAUUCGUCGUCAUCCUCGCGGCCAACAUGGGAGGAGGAGUCAUGGAGUGGAAGGGCCCUCGUGAAUGGGCCAUUGAACGCGACAGUGUGCGCAACAAGAAGAACUACGUGCACCGAUGGGGCUACGAGUUGGAGAUAGUCGACAUGAGCACCAAGAAACGCUAUGCGCACGAGUGGAGAGAGAGCUGGGAGAAGGUCGACACAAUCCGCAACGCCAUGCGCAAGUACCCCCAGGCCGAAUGGUUCUGGUGGCUCGACCUCAACACCUUCAUCAUGGAGCCCUCGUACUCGCUGCAGCAACACAUUUUCGACAACUUGAACGACAACGUCUACCGCGACAUCAACUUGUACAACCCCCUCAACAUUUCUCACCCUCCCACAGCGGGCCAUCUCGACCCCGAGAGUCUGUCGGCCAUCGGAGACGGCAAGCCCGACUCGAUCAACCUCAUUGUGCCCCAAGACUGCGGAGGCUUCAAUCUGGGAUCCUUCUUUGUCAAGCGCUCGGCCUGGACAGACCGCUUGCUUGACAUCUGGUGGGACCCCGUGGGCUAUGAACAAAAGCACAUGGAAUGGGAACACAAGGAGCAGGACGCGCUGGAGUACAUGUACACCAACCAGCCGUGGGUUCGCCCUCACCUUGCAUUCAUCCCCCAACGCAAGGUCAACAGCUUCCCUCCCGGCGCAUGCGGCGACAAUGGCGAAGACAUGAACAUUCACUAUCACGAGCACGACCGCGACUUUGUCGUCAACAUGGCUGGUUGCGAGUGGGGUCGAGAUUGCUGGGGUGAAAUGUACAAUUACCGGCAAUUGAGCAACAGGCUCAACCGCAACAAGUGGGAGAAGGUCAAGGACGGCGUGUCGGGAGCCUUUUCUUUCCUCCAGACGAAGAAAAAGGAGAUUACAGGGACGGAGAAGGACGAAGCAAAGAAGGAGUCAGGAUGA